AUGGGCGAGGGACGGCUAGGUAGGGACUGGGAUAUGUUGGCGAGGCGCAAUGCCAGCCGGAUCGGGAAGCUAGCUGCUCACAGGGGGGCCUCGGUCGGACGCUCGUCUAUCACCUACGAUUUGGAUAUGCACUGCGCUCUAGCACUGGAUCGUCAGCAACGACGCAUGGGCGAGGCCGUGUCACGGGACAGGAUGCGCGACGGAGCCACAGGAACAAGACACGAGCAGGAAACCGACGUCAAGAAUGCGCCAUCCAUGUGCAUGUGCGUGCGUGUGUGCGUGUGUGCGUGCUGGAACCAAGGGAGGCGGCAUCGCAGGCCCCGAUUGCAGCACUGCACACCUAGCCGCCUUGAGCAGGCCGUGGGUGGCAGUGCGCAGCGAAAUAGCAAAAGUGCAUGCUCAAGGGAAACGGAUGCAACUUACAGAGUGCUAGUCGCCUCGCUUGCGUCCUUGCUCCCGCUGCCACGCUUCUUACAGGCUGCGGCUGUUCUGCAGAUUCUCGGUUACAGCGCUGGGCGUGGAAGCGAGCGAUGCAGCGCUGGCGAAGACGAGGGUCGACGGGAGUCAAUGUGCAGAUGCUGCAAGCAGGAAAAUGCCAUCUGA